CGCACUGUUACACACGCAAGCGGCCCUCUGCAUCAAUCUGCGACCAUAAAAAACGCGCAGCACUCCAACUUGGUGACAUUCAACUUCAUCUCCUAAGCGUACAUCACCAUGACAACCGUGCCUGAGUAUGCCGAAGUUUUCAUUAAGUACUUCAGCGAAGAGCUAAGUACUCCUUCGUUGAAGAAAUUUCAUUUGGCCAAUCCGGAGUACAUUGCUGCAAAAAGCAAAAGCUUCACUAAUGUCGCUAGAACUUGGAGAGCCAGGUUUAAAAAAGCAGCCGAGGAUCAUGGUGUAAAGGAAUACAGCAUUGAAGAACCUGAUUGGAACCACAUCCUGGAAAGAAUUAUGGAAAGAAUCUUGAAAGAAAAGUACGACAACCAAGCACCCGAAAUCAAGGCGCGUGCAACUACUGUCUCCUCCUCGUCAACUCCCUCCUCAAAUGGCAAUUCGCUGCUCACAGAAAGUCAGAAGCAAGCAUUUGAAGAGAAAUACCGGUCAAUGGACCCGAAAAGAAUGUGGGAAGUAGAAGAGGGAGUUUUCGUGGAGAAGAAGAUGUACGAGUAUGGAUUGACAGUACCGUACGAACAUGCGGUUCACUCAUUCAUAUUAAACAUUUCCGAUCCCUGUUGGAGCAAAGUCUUUAACCCAUCUCAAUUAACCAAGAUCCAUAACGACUACGUGAAAGAGUUGCCACCUGUACAACAAGAAAUGAAGACUUUUCAUAAAAACUUCAAGAACAUGACUGAUGUGGAACAACUUUGGAACAUUGCUGAAGAGCAUCGAUUUCAUCCAAUCGCCAAAUUUGAUCUCGACUGGUCUCGACGUUCGAUCCUCGAUAUCCUUUCCUCUUAUCGUUGGGGCAGCGUUCAGCGUGCAGCAGUGUCAGGCGGCGAACGUGACCUCAUCAUGUUGAUUUGGCGUGCUGUGGAUAUGUGUUCACAGAACCUUAAAGUGGAUUCAUUAAGAAGCGACCAACAAUCUGCCGCUGGUUCGGCAAGAUGCAAUGAAGGACGUGUAGGAGCAGAUGGCUCCAUCAAAGGCAAAGCUCAAGCAUGUAAACCAGACAUGAUCCUGAAAAAAGACCAAUUGGAGUACGGUGCCAGUGAGCAUGGUUACGCGGACGAAGCAGGAGUAGGAGCGAAAGAAAUAGAGGAAAAAUUCUUGAAGUUACCGAAGACACUGAAAGACAUGGCUUUGCGACUUGCUUCGGCUGUCAAUAAUGAUGAAGAGAAGAUUCGGCUGAUUCGAGUUGUGGGUAUGGUCAACACGCAUCUCCGGAUGAACGCCAUGAUACUUGACAUGCCUGAUGGUUAUGUGUGUAGAAUUCGACCUUUACAAGAGAAACGCAUUGCUGCUACAUUAGAAGAACCGUUUUCCAAGACAUAUAUACCAUUUCUUGAACAAGUUAUCAGGAUAAAGGGAGUUGUCAAGGAAACAUUGGAUGUGGUGUUUGGUGUGAACGGUGAAAGUGAUGGCGAAGACGAUGACGAUGGAACUGGAUACGUGCCGAGUACACCAACCAUCAAGACGCUAAUUAUACCCUCUGCGAUGAAUACACCCGUUGGUGCUACAUCCAAAAAGAGAAAAACGAGUGUAUCAUAGUUGUCAUGUUGUAAUACGUCUACUUGCCUUUCCAUUUGUUUAAAAAAAGUCUUUUCUUUUCUUCUUUAUAUAAAUACCAUACCUCCUUCAUCAUUGUAACUUCUUUGUCUUCAUUAUCAUAAAUAACUGUCAUCGCCUUUACAUACCAUACUUUUUAUAUAAGUACCUGUAUCUCCAUCAUUGUAACAAACAUAGUAAAUAUAAACUAGGCUUUUGAUACGGACACCCCCUUCUAUUUUCAAUCCUCGUCGGGUUACACACAUCCUAAAAAUAUAUACUUGUG